CUCAACCCUAUCUCGGACGGCUUAAACUGCAUUAUCCAGUUCCGAUCUAGCAUCACGCCUUUCCGCUGCUGGGAUAAAGUUUUGCAGUUUUGCAGUCCAUGGCAUGUAUUAUUUACAAUACGAGUGUGUAAUAUGUGUAUAUGUGUAUGUGCUGCACGAAGUGAGAUGAGAGGAUGGGGAUCCCAAUUUCAUGCCCCAUGGCCAUGCGACCGCAAUCCCAACUCGGGAUUUCGAGCAGGAGCAAAUUUUUCCAAUCUGCGGAACCAAUUUACGGGCUGUGCUGUGAUGGGCACAGGGAUUCUUUCCAGCCCUGCGCUUGUUCUUUCAGCUGGGUUGAACCCGGCGCGUGGAUUUUCUCCUGCCCCGCACCUGGCCAACCUCUGAACGGAGUAAACCACACCGUAAUCAGCCGUAAUUGCGAAGGCGCCGCAACAUCGCAGGGCAUGCCAAGGCAUCCACCACAUCUCUUGGUCUUCGACGAUUUCAGAUUUGGGAUUGGAAUUAGACUCCCAACGACCUACGCAGAGAACUUGCUUUGCUUGCUCGCAGGCUCGCAGGCUCGCUCAAACAUCAUCAACGCCUACCUGCAUCCCCUUCCCUCUUCGCUUGGCGCGCAGGGCGGCCUCCCUUGGAACAGCCAGAGGUCACGCACGCAUGCCGCCACCUGCAUCAAGCCGAAACAUCUCAAGCCCCCUUUCCAUUCUUUCUCUCUCCCCCUGUUCCUUUGCACGCACCGGACACGUGAGCGGUGGCGUAAGCACGCACUUGCGCUGCUUUGUUAUUCCCGCCCCCUUCCCCCCCCCUCCCCCCUCCCACCCCCAACAGCAAACCCCUCCCAACCUUUUCCCAAACCUCAGGAAUCGAUCUCACUCUCAGGUUUUUCAACAUUCAGCGUUGCCAGUCAGAGGGCUAGCCUGCCCCGCCACCAUUACCACGAACUCCCGAUCCCCCACCUGGACUUCGAUCCAGGGGUCCUGAAAAGGAAAAGCGGCGAAGGCGCCUGAACGAUGUCAUGUUCUGAGAGAAGCCGACCGACUCGGGACAGGAGCCGCGGUUCGGGCCGAGUUUACACGCUGAGUACCGUCCAAGAAUUGCGACGAGCACCCAACACUCACUCCAGAACCUCACUCGAGAAAGUCUCCAUGUUGCCUCGUUGU